GGCAGUAAUCCCUAACCUCUUGAAUAGGAAGGUAUGUGGAUGUCUAUUGUGUUAAUCUACCUCCCUCAACUACCCAUGAAAAGAUAUAACCUGAAUCAUUUGCUCACUCUUCGACCGUUUCAUUCUCUCUCUAAUGUUUAUAAGUGGCGGGUGUCUCAGUAGGAGCUCUACAGUGGAUCUAUUCUGUCUGUGAAUUAAAUGGGAAGCUUCAUACUGCGGUAGUUCAUAAGUAGAUUAUUAUUGACUAGUUGACAAUAACUUUUCUCGGAUGAUCUAGUUUUUAUGGAUAGUUUGGAGACAGAGCCUUUGGUUCCUUUUCAGUGUAUAAUGAAGGACUCAAAAUAUCUGCCAAAAUUGCAUUUGAGUAAUUCACUCUAGCUGAAUGAACUUUGAAGAAAGUUGAGAAAUCAUCUGUAAAUUUAUUUUUAGGGCCUGCCAUUUUGGUUGGAACAAACUAAGUAAAAGAACGUAGACUUAGCAGAAGCUGCAUAGAAGAAGAGCAGCCUUGAGGAACCCUGGUAUACAGUUCUUGUGGGAGGAACCUACACACCAGGAUGGCACUUGUCAAUGGCACUACUAAUGGCAAGAUGAAUGGGAUGAAUGGUCUAGGUGGACAGACCAGGACCAUCUUGGAUGAUAUGGUUGGAGUUGGAGACUGUGUCUUGCUUGAGCCUUUAACUGAAGAAAACUUCAUUGAGAACCUAAAUAUGAGGUUUAAAGCUAAUGAAGUCUAUACAUACAUUGGCAAUGUCGUGGUCUCAGUCAAUCCAUACACCAAGCUACCACUCUAUACAAUGGAGAAGAUUAUGGAAUACAGAGGCAUGAAUCUAUAUGAGCUACCUCCACAUAUCUAUGCCAUCACAGAUGACGCCUACAGGGACAUGAGGGACAAGAAUCGAGACCAGUGUGUCAUCAUCUCAGGCGAGAGUGGAGCAGGAAAAACAGAGGCAAGCAAAAUUGUUAUGCAGUACGUAUCAGCAGUAUGUGGUAAAGGGGGAGAUGUAGAUGUGGUCAAAGAACAACUCUUACAAAGCAAUCCAGUCCUUGAAUCUUUUGGAAAUGCAAAGACAAAUAGGAAUGACAACUCAUCAAGAUUUGGAAAGUAUAUGGACAUAGAGUUUGAUUUCAAAGGUGAUCCGGUUGGAGGUGUUAUUACAAACUAUUUAUUAGAGAAAUCUCGAGUGAUAUCACAGCCAGAAGGAGAAAGGAACUUUCAUAUAUUCUACCAGCUUCUAUCAGGAGCACCAGAGCUAUUGAUGAAUGAACUAGAAUUGAGUCGUAAUCCUGAAGACUAUCAUUACCUCAGCCAAAGUGGAACACAUAAUGUUGGUACUAUCAAUGAUAGAGAUAAUUUUGCUAUAACACAGAAAGCCAUGCAGAUCAUUGGGUUUGCUGAUGAGGAAAUCCUUGCUGUCUAUAAGCUUCUUGCGAGUGUCCUCAAACUGGGUAACAUCAAGUUCAAGAAGUAUAUAACCCAUAACGGAACGGAGGGAGUAAAGAUCAUCAACCAAGAAGAAAUGGACAGUGUAUGUGACUUGUUACAGUGUGAGCGUCAUAGUGUAAUGGGAGCCCUUACCAAGCGUACCAUGUAUGGAGGCAAAGGUGAUAAGGUGACAACCACUUUGAGUGCAUCUCAGGCAUUCUAUGCCAGGGAUGCCUUAUGCAAAGCCAUCUAUGAUAGACUAUUCUCAUGGCUUGUAAGGACGAUCAAUGAGAGUAUCAGGGUGAGAAAAGGAUCUGCCAAAAAAGUCAUGGGUGUACUAGACAUCUACGGGUUUGAAAUCUUCAAGAAAAACUUCUUCGAGCAAUUCAUCAUCAAUUACUGCAAUGAGAAGCUUCAACAGAUCUUCAUAGAGCUAACGCUGAGAGAAGAGCAGGAAGAAUAUAUUCAAGAAGGGAUUGAAUGGACACAUAUUGAUUACUUUGAUAAUAUCUCAAUAUGUGAUCUUAUUGAGAAGAGCAAUACAGGUAUCCUCGCCAUGUUAGAUGAAGAAUGUCUGAGACCUGGUACUGUGUCAGAUGAAACCUUCCUCAACAAAUUAAACAACAUCAAGUCUGUUGUAGAUCAUCCACACUUUGAGAGCAGAGGAAAACUCAAAUCAGACAAGACCAUUGAUCAUAACAGCUUUAGGUUACAACACUAUGCAGGAGCUGUGACAUAUGAAGUGGAAGGAUUCAUCGAUCGUAACAAUGAUCUUCUGUUCCAUGAUCUCUCUCAGCUUAUGUUUAAAUGUAAACAUCUGCUACUAUCAGAACUCUUCCCAGAAGGAGAUCCUAAAUUUAUGUCCAAGAAACGACCACCAACGGCGGGCAGUCAGUUCAAGGCUUCAGUUAGUAAGCUUAUGAAGAACCUGGUUAGCAAACAUCCCAACUACAUCAGAUGUAUCAAGCCAAAUGACUUCAAGAAGAAAAUGAGAUUUGACUAUGACAUUGUCCAACACCAGGUUAGAUACCUUGGCUUGCUAGAGAAUGUAAGGGUUAGACGAGCAGGAUUUGCAUUCCGUCAGCUGUAUGAGCUGUUCCUGUCCCGUUACAAGAUGUUAUGUCCAAAGACAUGGCCUAAGUGGACUGGAGAUCCACGGGAUGGUGUUGAAGAACUAGUUAGACAUCUUCAUAUAAUGGAUGAUGAGAUAGCAUAUGGCAGGAAUAAGAUCUUCAUCAGGAACCCAAGAACAUUGUUUGAUAUGGAAGAGAGAAGACAUCAUCAUAUGCAUCACUUAGCAACCUUAGUACAAACAAUGUAUCGUGGAUGGCAUGCUAUGACACUAUUUAAGAAGAUGAAGAAGAGUGCUGUACUCAUUGCUUCACAGUUCAAGGGCUUUCAGGAGAGAACAUUGUACCAGAAGAAGAGGAAAGCUUGUACUACUAUAGCAGCUCAUUAUCAUGGUCAUCAAGCAAGACAAGAAUUCAAGAAGAUCAAAUACAGGGCAAGAUGUGUAUGGGCAGCUGGCAUUGUUCAUAAAUUCUAUGUUGGAUGGAAGGUGCGGAAGGAGUUCAGGAAACACUUCAAAGCAAAUGCGGGUCCCAAGGUCAAAGCCUUUCUCAUGAAAUGUAUUCAUGUGAGGUACUUACAGAGGUUAAAACAACACCUGCCGUCAAUGUCACCUACUGAUGCAUCAUGGCCGCCAUGUUCCCCACUACACACUGCAGCUCACAAACAUCUUCAAGAAAUCUUCAUCAUGUGGAGGGCAAACCAAUUCAGGAAGAAGUUUGAUGAGCCUACAAGGAUUCGUCUUGGUGAGAAGGUCACAGCUAGCAGCUUGUUUAAGGAUAAGAAAGCACUCUAUCCAAUUAGUGUUGCAGUUCCAUUCAAGGGUGAUUAUGUGCUACUAAGGAACAAUGGUAAAUAUAAGAAGACAUAUGCAGAGACAAGUGAUCAGUUUAUUGUGUUUGCUGAUAUCAUCAAAAAGAUCAACAGAAACAAUGGCAAGGUCACUGAGCAGCUUGUUGUCUUGACAACAGCAUCAUUCAUGGUAAUGGAUCAGAAGACAUUAUCCCAGAAGAACAGAGUACCACUGGCUGCUAUCUCUGGAAUGUCUGUUACACCAUAUAGUGAUUAUAUCAUAGUCAUUCAUGUCACAAAGGGAGAAGAUAACACCAAGAAAGGAGAUUAUGUCUUUAUGAGUGAUAAACUGAUUGAAAUGGUUACAAAGUUUCAUCGUAUUAUCAGAACAGCUACCAACAAAGAUGUCACUGUCACAGUAGCUGACAGAUUCCCAAUGAACUUCAAUGGAUCAAAGAUCGAGGCCAUCAUCAGUACACAAGACCCUAAAGUGUCUAAUCCAACACCACUCAUCAAACGGAAAGGUCAAAGAAUGGAAAUACAAGCAUAGCAAUAGAUUCAUGUCAAACUUGUAUGUAAGGACCAGCCAGGGAUAUGAAGAUGAGAAGUGUCCCUUGUAGACAGGUUACCAUGGAGGGCUAACAUGGAGAAAGGAACGCUCUACCAGGUGUUCCUUUAUAACAUCCAAGUUAUAAGUGAGUUUAAAGGAUCAUUAUUGUGUUAUCAGCUUUCUUUGGUCUUUAUCAAGAAACUAAUCAGACACUGGUACGAUUCUAAGUUUCAUCUUUUGGAUUAUGAGAGCUCUUCACCUACUUUUUGUCUCGCCCACCAGAGGUGAAGGCAAGACUUAGGGAUCCAAAUGUCGUCCGUCCGUCGUCUGUCCGUCACAAACCUUAUGACACAUAACUCCCCAACCGUAGGUCACUUUUCUACCAAACUUGGAUGGUAAAUGGACUUGGGGGACCUGCAUCUUAUGCUGCAGGCAGAGGUCACAUGGUAAGGUCAAAGGUCAUUUUCAGGUCAACGUUACAGUUUACAUGCAAGACUCUUAUGACACCUAACUCCGCAACCGUAUAUCACUUUUCAACCAAACUUGGAUGGUAGAUGGACUUGGGGAACCUGCAUGUUAGGCUGCAGUCGGAGGUCACAUGGUAAGGUCAAAGGUCAUUUUGAGGUCAACAUUAAAGUUUACGUGCAAGACUCUUAUGACAAGUGUUAUUCCAUCCCAGUCAUUUCACAAUGAAGUUUCGAUACAAUUCUGUUGCGUGCCCUCGCAAAUCACAAUAUUUCUGGUCAUUUUCAUAAGUGGGCAAGACACAAUAUCGCUUUUGCCUUGUGUUAACAAGUGCACAAAACUAUGUGACUGCCACUCUCAACUUUUGUCACAAAAUUCUGUAUGUAUAACAAAUAGAUUGACAGUCCUGGUUUAUGAUCCUUGGCCCAUGAUAUAUUGGAUUGAUCCAUUGACAUGGAUCAUCAGACCAGUUAACCUACAGCUCAUCCUUGGGAAGAUUUAAUUAUCUAAAAUAGAUAUAAAUCAAAUUUCACAAACUGUAUUCCAACAAGUUUUGUAUGUGUGGCAUCUGCACUUCAUAGAAUAUUGCACAAGGAUGAGAGUUAUAUCUUGUUUUCCCCGAGAGUAGAGUUGAAUGAUUAAUAAUUCCUUUGGAAUAUAUGCAUAUAUAUUUGAUAUAUAGCUGAACAUUCUGCCUUAGAAAAGAACAUUCCUUUAUGAUAUUGAUUCUUUAUACAUAUUCUACCAUUAGAUGGUGAAUGAUGAAAUAACAUUGUAGUAACCAAAACAGACAAACAGAUUUAAAGUAUUGUAAACCAAAGAUGAUGUCUUUUAGUCUUCAGUUAUGCCUUAUAAUCAUUCCUCUAUAAAUUAUGCUAUUUGUCAGAAAACUCACUUUUAUUUCUUUCAAAAUUUGAUCUUGUGAUUAGUGGUAAUAUUCAUAAUCAUUAUUUUUCUUCUAUGAAGUUUGGUAGUAAAGUACAAAUGAUAAUUCCGCCAGUAAUAUGAAUUAACUGCUUUCUGGUAAUGCUUUAGCCUCAAUACAAAUACAAUAUUCAUAGUAGUGUUGUAGUGCUGUGAGGCUUAUUCUCAAAGACAUUUAAGCCAUGGGAGGCCAAUCCACAAUAAUGCAUUAUUUUGACAGAGAUAACAAUGUAAGUAGAUAUUGAUUUACCUUUGCACAAGACAAGAUUUUGCCUUCAUCAUUUGUUUAUGUGUCAUGAAUUCAGUCCUUGAGACUUCUAAAGUUCACCCCCACAAAAAAACAAACUAAAAACCAAAAAUGUUAUAGUAGUGUUGUGUAAGUAUUGUGCAACUAUAUAAUGUAUUGCAGCAAUUAAAACAUUCAACUCAUUUUCUUGUCUAAUGUAUGUAGAUGUAUGAAUAAGAUCAGGUCUAGCUUUUGAAAUUGAAGAAUAAAUAAACAUUUGCUUAUUUAUAUGGUGUGUAAAUUACUCUUAAGACCUUCAUGAAAUGAGAUGAUAAUUUCAAGUACUGCUUGUAGUAAUGCAAGAAGCAAUUGAGAUAAUUCAUAUUCAGAAAUACCUACAUAUGUCUAAUUGAUACUAACAACUCAUAAUCAUGCAACAUAAAAUUGUAUUAGACUGCUGCAUCUUUUCAUUUGUGUUAGGUACAGAUGAGUUGCACUUCUUUUUAACUAGAUAUACCUUUUCCAUAUACUUUUAUGUACAAUUGUUAUAGUAGAAAAGCUUUGCAAUAUGUUUUGAUCAUCCACAUUCAUUACAUCUAGUAAGAAAUGCAGGCUAACUUGAGCUGAUUUUGGUUAUUACCAGAACAUUUGAAUUUUUCAGAUACAGAAAUACUUACCCUGUGUUUCUAGAUGAUUUCUGUGCCUUUAUUUACAGCAAGUUAAUCUGCCUUUUGGUUUUGUUUUUAAAUUUGUCAUGAUUGAUCAGCAUUUGUAUUAUGAUUGUACAUUCUUUUAGCCUUUGACUUUGUAAUUUCACACCCAAAGAAUUUAUUUAAUCUGUCCUAUUGAAAAUACAGUUUCAUGUUGAAGACAAUUUGACAUGGUCAAUAAUCAUUAAUCAUCAGCAUUAAACGUUUUAAAUGGUAAGACAUGUCUUACUUGUAUAUUUCUUUAAUGUAUAGCUUUUGCUAACAGUAGAUGUAAGAGGGAUUUUCUUUUUCAAUGAUAUGUUAAACCCAUCCAAAUUGUGGUGAUCAUCCUAAGUCUGUGAUGUUAUUGUAUAUACCUAGAGAUAGAAAACAUUCAUGUGAUUGAGGAAAAGCAGGUUUCACAAUAAGUAUAUAUCGACUUGAUAUUGAUGAUGAUGGUGGUAUCUAAAAACUAUCAUGCUAGUUUAAUAUCAAAGAUGUUGUCACCUAGUAACAUUCCUUUCCAUUGCAAUGUCCGUCUAGUACUGACAUUUAUAGCUGCUCUUUCAACGGACGCAGAAAAUGUCAACAUUUAUGCACUUUUUAUAUUUAGUUGUGCCUAAAGCCAUCGCCAAAGUGGCCUCUAUCUUUUUUCCCAAUCUAAAUUUUUGAAUCUGUUUUGUAUAAAUUGAGAGGUCAAUUUUAUGAUCAUAGUUAUUCAGUUUGUAAUCUGUUAUUAAAUUCUUAUGCUCUGCCUUGUACUCAAGAGUAACUCAAAUUUUUAUCGUUUGUCGCAAUAUUUAACCAGUUGUCUAUACUGAAUUGUGUAAUUCACAUUAAUGCUUAGUACAGGGACAAGCUGAUUUUAUUUUGCCAACAGAUUGAGCUAGUAAAGUUAUUUAGGCAUUUCUCUCAAGUGGAUUUGUUUGGAAGACAAUUUACAUUUUUCUUUCUUGUAUGGUGCUGUGUCAUAUUUGUUUUUCCUUCAAGAUUUAUGAAUUUUUCUUAGUAUGUAAUAUUGCUUAUGGUUAUGGUUAGUUGCUUUUACAUUCUUUUGAAUUGUGGUAGAAGUCUUUAUGUAUUACAAGUAUUUUCAGCACUUGAAACAUCAUUAAGUAUUGCUUUGUAAUAUAUUCCAAGCAGUGAAUAUGAGUGGUUGAAAACUGUUCUUAAAGAUGUCAGUAGUUUUUUUUUAGAGUAGUUCUUGAAAUUGAUAUUGUCAUAUUGAAUUCAUACUCCUGUAUUUCAAAAUCAUAUAGAUGCCUUCAAAUAAUCUAUCCCUGUUUCCUUGAAAUUGAACUCUUUUGUCAUGAUAGUACAGUUCAAGCCUAGUUAGUAUAAGUGAAUGUUCUAUCAUUAACAAAGACAGAUUAUACUGACUGGGAUGAAUCCAAGCUGCCAAUAAAAAUCUUUGAUAAAAGCUGCUUCAUACAAUGUAUUAACCAUUCAAGACAAGAAAAUUUUGUCAAUAUUGAAUGAAGGAUAAAAAAAGUAGUUCUGUGUGUUUUUUCAUUAUAGAUCUGCAAUUAUUAUUCAUAUGAUUUCAGUGAAAUAUUCAAUAAGUUGUUUUUAUUUUACUAUUUAUUCAAAUUAUCUUGAUUUCAGUGUGGGUUAGCCAUUUAAGGUAAAUACUGAGAUAUGAUAUAUAAAACUAAUCAUGAAGGUUAUAGUAAAUCAACUUAACUCAUUUGAUACUUUCCUGUUAGGAAUUCUGUAUUGCAUAUUGUACUGUCUACACAUGAAAAUAAUUGCCAUACAAGGUUAAUAGAAAUACGGAGUGUUGAUUUAUUUUUAGUGUUUGUCUAUUUCACGUCUGAAUAAGCUAGUCACCAUGGAUCAUAAUUAUAUAGUAUCAUGAUAUAGGUGAUACCAAACAGCCUAGAUUAUGUGACUGCAUGGAUGGUAUUUGUGUUUGUAUGAAUGUGUGUAUAUGCAAGAAAUGCAAGAAUAAAGAAUUCAGUCCAUAAUUGUUUUUUUGUGAUUGAAAGUAAAUGUAUAUUAACAUCACCAAGUAAAGCAUUAUUUCAAUUAAACUAUUAUUGUUAGAGAUUAAUAGAUAAUGAAGAUUGCUCUUAUGUAAUCUUUAUUAAUGUAAUUUCCCUCUUAUUUGAUGUCCUUUUCCCAUUUCUUUUGUGUUCUGAAAUCAUGUCAAUCUUGUUUUGUCUUCCGAUCAAAAGUGUCUUUAAAAGGGAAAUGUGUCUGUUUAUAGAUGAAGAAUUUGUACACUUUAAUCUGUAGACCUAGUUACAUGAGAUAGGAGUAAAGAAACAUUUAUUUUUAUUUAAGUUGCAGGAGUAUGAAAUUUAUUGAUUCGACCAGACUAAAAUUUGUGUUUUUUGACCAAAUUUUUACGAUUGCCAAAAGUGAGAAAACUACUAUCAUUCUCAUUAUAGGAAUGGAUCCUUUAAAGAAAAAUUCUUAUUCACACAUUUAACUUUAAAGUGCAUUAGAUUAUGUUUUUGGAUCUAUUGGUUUUUUAUGUAGGAAAAAAAAUUUUAAUCAUUAAUAAUCUCUUGUAUGCAUUUCAUCUCUGCUUUCGGUUUAACAAUAUUUCAGCUCUAUAUGUGUCUCAUAUUUCGAUUAUAUUAAUUUUUUUUAAAGUCAGUUUCAAUCCAUAAUUCUCCUGUAGAAAGUACACCUUUUUCAUAAUUUUAUUCUUUUUUUACCCCCCCCCCCCCCCAUUUAACAAAAUCCCAAACAUCAAGGUAAAUUGACCGUGUGUGUAGUUAGAGAAAUGCAAUAAAAAUGAAACAAUAAUAGAACAAAAUAUGUCCCAGUUAGGAUUUUAUUAUUCAAAUGAUACAGCAUUCAAUAUGUCCGGUGCUACAAUGUGAUUAUACACAUACAUGUAUCAGUAUUUUCCAAAGAAUAUCUAACUGAAAAAGCAAAAAGUUUAUUUGAAAACAUGCCUUACUCCCAUCCAUUAAAUUGAGAUUUCAAGUAACUACCACUAUGAUUUUCAUCUAUUAUGAAAUUUUGUAUGUUAUCUUGACCAUCCGUUAUCAUGUGUCUUAAAUACUAAUAUUGAUCUAUUACCACGUAGCAUAUAUACUUUCUGCUUUGUCAGUACUACUCUUGGUGCAUGUAAUUCUUAGGUGUGGGAGAUUGUAUGCAGGAUAUCAAAAUACAUGUGUGCUUUUUUGACAACGGGAAUUUAUUUAUAAUUAUUUGUAUGUGAAUGAGGAGAGUAUUUGAAAUCAUGUAAUCAAUAUACUUCAAAUCUCUUCACAUAUUUGAGAGCUUUUCUAAUUGUCAGUUAUUUGAUUUUAAUUGUUCAUGAAUAGUAGUUAUUGCAAUAUAUAUAAAACAAAAAUCACUAUUUACAUAUUUAAUUACACAGUACCAAAAGCUUACCAGUGUAACUCAUAGAUCUUGUUUGUGUGUAUAAUGAGAAAUAUUACCUGUAAAACAAUUUGUUCAACAAUGUGAUUUGAUAUAAUUUUAUGCUUUUUUGUCCAAUAUGCAUAUAUUUGUGAAAGAUAUCAGUAUAUAACUGGAAAAAUGUUUUUCAGAAAAUGAAUAAAUGUUUAACUAUAAAAAGGAAA